AUGGCCGCUGUUCACACAGUGCUCCUCCUAGCUGCUGGACUAUCUCUCUCAUUGGCGUAUACCAACACCAAAGCGCUAUGGCAGUUCAGGAACAUGAUGAUCUGCACAAUGCCUGACAGCUGGCCAGCUCUGGACUACGCUGACUAUGGCUGCUACUGUGGGCUCGGCGGGUCGGGCACCCCAGUGGAUGAGCUGGACAGAUGCUGUCAAGUCCAUGACAGGUGCUUCUCAGAAGCUAUGCAGCAUGAAGCCUGCUGGCCCCUUCUCGACAACCCUUACACCGAGGUCUACUACUAUGAGUGCAACAAGGAAACCAAGACCGUCACCUGCACAGACAAGAACGAUGCGUGCGAGAUGUUUGUCUGUGAGUGUGACAGACAGGCCGCGAUGUGUUUCGCUGAGGCUGAGUACAACCCUGAGCAUGAGCACCUCCCUAGUGACCGCUGUGAAUGA